AUGUACACUUGUGAUAAUACCGACAUCUCAAAAAGAGAUGAACCAAAGGAAUGUUCAUCGUCAGUGUCCACUUCUGAAAGGCAAAUGGAAGAAGAGAGUGCUGAUCAACCCAAUGACGAGAUAAACGAGGUGGCACUGGCUCUAGAUGUGUCGUCUCGUGAAUCUGCGUGGAAGCCAACGAAUGAAAGCAUUCGAAUUGUUGAGGCCAUGGCUAAUGAUGGUGCAUCACCUCGACAGGUUGUCGAAUCAUUGCUGCCGAAUGUAACGUUGCCAGAGGACAUAUCCAAUGAAGAGCUGUGUCGUAUCAUUCAACAAAUUAUCCACUCUGAUCGACCAAAGCGCGAUAAACUUUUGAAUUAUAACACAUUUAGUGAUGCCGUUGAAUUGCUGAAAAGAAGUCAACAUAUUUUGGUAUUAACCGGUGCUGGAGUGUCCGUUUCGUGUGGAAUUCCUGAUUUUCGUAGUAAAGAUGGCAUUUAUGCACGGCUUCGCGUCGAUUUCCCAGACCUGCCCGAUCCAACAGCAAUGUUCGACAUCAGUUAUUUUAUCCGCAACCCAAAACCCUUCUUCGAAUUCGCCAAGGAGAUAUUCCCUGGACAGUUCAAAGCUUCCAUAUGCCACUAUUUUAUCAAAAUGCUUGAAACGGAGGGUAAAUUAUUGAGAAAUUACACGCAAAAUAUCGAUACGUUGGAGCAAGUUGCUGGUAUCACGCGAAUCGUUCAAUGUCAUGGAUCAUUCUCGAAAGCCACUUGUCGACAUUGCGGCUCAAAAUUCGAUGGAGAUGUCAUCAAGGAAGAUGUUCUAGCGAAAAGAAUAGCAAUGUGCCAAGUAUGUGGCGAUCCAAAGGGUGUGCUCAAGCCGGAUAUUGUCUUCUUCGGCGAAGAUCUGCCGGAUGAAUUCCAUGAUCGAAUGGUCGAAGACAAAGACCAGGUUGAUUUGGUAGUGGUUAUUGGAUCAUCGUUAAAAGUGCAACCAGUAGCGUUAAUACCGUUCAGCGUCGAUGCAUCUGUGCCUCAGAUACUCAUCAAUCGUGAGCCAUUACCACACUAUUCGUGUGACAUUGAAUUGCUGGGCAAUUGUGACGAUAUUAUCACACAGUUCAUAGUGGCUUUGGGUGAUCCUUAUACUCAGUUACUUGAGCAUAGAGAGUCAGUGAGUGCUAACGAGCAUAAUGUUGCAAACGGAAGCGUUGAUAAUAGAGAACAUCGAGAUGUUCCAUCAUCACACAUUGCACAAUCGCGAAAACAAAUCGAUGAAGUUGAAUUCAAGCGUUUAAUAGCUGAACCGGAUAUGAAAAAGGCACGAACAGACGCGAAUGCAUCACCGUUAUGGGAUGGAAGAUAUGUGUCUGUUGAGUCUAAACUUCCUCCAGAUUCAUUUCUCUUCAUAGCACCGAAUCGAAGUGUAUUCCCAGGUGCAGAAUUGUUUUAUGAUAAGGACGAGGAUGUAUUCUGUCAACUGAGACAACAACACUACACCUCAUCGUUGUCAUCUGUAUCUGGCUCGGAGUGUGAAUCUGAUUCGGAUGAAGAGUCAGAAUCCUUAAUAUCGCGAUUCAACAGAACUCAUUUUCGUCGCGUUCAGUCGUUGCCGCCCGAUCAUCGCAUCUCUUCAGAUCAUUGCCACAAUGAAGGAGGAUCACACUCAAAACGCUCAGCAUCCUCACCAGCAAGUGGAAAAAAAUUGGCUAAAUUGAGCGAAGAGCCGCGAAAUUUGGAUCGACAACAGCAACGAAGUCGUUUGAUGCAUCGAGUUCGGUAUUUCAGUGAGGGUGCUGCCUAUUCUCUUAGCGAUGUUCUUCGAGCUGAACUGGCACGUCAUUAA